AGAAAACCCAUGUUGGACUCAACUGUAUUCUAGGUAUGUACAGUUGCUCACUUCUUCUUAACCACAACUCUGUCAAGUUUCAAAUUUGAUACACAUUUUCCCAUUUUCUUGUGUCCUAGAGAAUUUUUCUUUAUAAUGGGCUGUUGAAUUCUGUCUCUCCAGCACUUGUGUGAACCAUCUUUGUUUCCAUUCUGUUUUAUUGGCUUUCUCCACUUUAUAGUAAGGAGGAUGGGAAUAUCUGUGAAUCCUCUUGUUUUGCAUUUCUUGUGCAUCUCUGCAUCAGUGUAUGAUGUUUCUUCUUUGAAUUCCGAGGGGCAAACUCUGUUAUCGUUGCUCAGAUAUUGGGAUGUAGUUCCUCCCAUCCCAUCAACCUGGAAUGCUUCCCAUUCCACUCCUUGUUUCUGGGAUGGAGUGAUAUGUGAGACUGACUUUGUGGUUUCUUUGAACCUUUCGGAUUACAACUUUUCAGGUCAACUAGGACAUGAAAUUGGUGACCUUAAACACCUGAGAUCAAUCAGGGCCAUAGCCAGCUUCUCUCUGCAAAUUGGAGAAGUUGGAGUAUCUUCAUUUGGCUUGCAACAAGCUGAACGUUUGAACAAGUUGACUGGCACAAUUCCUGACUGUUUUGGGAACAUGAGCAAACUCAUAAUGUUGGACUUGCAAAGCAAUCGCUUCCAUGGAACGAUUCCAUCAAGUCUUCAAAAGGUGAAUACCCUGACGUUUCUUGCUCUGAGUACCAAUCAAUUUGAAGGAGCACUGCCUUCUUCUCUCUGCACGUUGGAGAACUUGGAGGAUCUUCUGCUGUCUGACAACAAGUUCACUGGUACAAUUCCUGACUUUUUUGGAAACAUGAGCAAGCUCUCAGUGUUGGACUUGCGAAAGAAUAGCCUUCGUCGGAUGAUUACAACAAAUUUUCCUGAAGGCAGCCGUUUGAGUUUCCUCAGUCUAAGUGACAACCAACUAGAAGGUCCUUUGCCGAAAUCUCUGCUCAACUGUAGUAGUUUUAAAAUUCUCAAUGUAACAUCCUGUCCCACAUUGCUACCUGGCAAAUUGAAUGACCUGUUUAUAAGUCUCAAUCUCAUAAACUACUAA